AUGCCUCGGGUUGCCCAAGUCCCACGCGCCAGAGGCGUCAAAUCGACGUCCAGUUCCCUGUCAGCGUCGCCCUUCAAAUCUCCCGUAAAGAUUCCUUUGAACGACGAUGCGCAUGAGAGGGGCCAGCGAAUGCAUUCACGAAAAGCUCUACACGAAAAGCAGAUCAAUGAGAUCAAGGCAGCGGCGACGCCCCGCAAAUCCAGUUCAAGGCUGGAUGACAUUGAAAAUGCGUCGCCAGGCUCGGCACUCGGCACGCCUCGCGGCGGGCGCAUAGGCGAAAUCACAGAAGAAGUCAUGGUGGGAGGUGUGUCGGUGACGCCUAUCAAACGAGUUCCGAUCCUCGCCAACUUCGAGGAAUGGAUGAAGAUGGCAACAGACAACAAAAUCAAUGCAACCAACUCAUGGAACUUUGCCCUGAUCGACUACUUCCACGACAUGUCUCUGUUGAAAGAAGGCGAUGGUGUCAAUUUCCAAAAAGCCAGCUGCACUUUGGAUGGGUGUGUCAAGAUUUACACCAAUCGAGUCGACAGUGUCGCGACCGAGACGGGCAAGCUGCUGAGCGGUCUGGCUGACAGCAGCAGCAAGAAGAAGGGACGCGAUGGUGAGGACGCUGAUGGAGACGAAAGCGAGGAUGAACUGGAUGAGGAUGGCAACCCUAAGAAGAAGUCGAAGAAGAAGACUCAAAGAUCAUCGGAGGCGACACUUGCUCCCUCGUUCAGUGCGCUGCAGCUGAAGAAGUUUGAACUUGAGUUUACUGUCGACCCUCUUUUCAAAAAGGCAUCGGCGGACUUUGACGAGGGUGGUGCCAAGGGCUUGCUGCUUAACCAUCUAAUGAUCGACGCUCAAGGGCGAAUUGUUUUUGACAGCAGUGAUGAUUUCGGCGAUGUUGCCCCCAUGGAGAAGGAUGAACAUGGCGAAGUCGAAGGCGCAGACCCAGAUGCUGACGAGGCCGACAUCACCGUCCAACUCGAAGAGCGGCCAGUAGAAGGAACUCCAGAGGAGGCCGAGGCGCCGGCGGUGGAGAUUGACCUUGCAUCCUUGGGCCAGAGGUUCUUGCCCAGUCUAAGCCAACUUGACGGGCUGGAUGUAUGCCCGUCUCUCAAGAACUUUGAUAUCGGAGAUUCAUCAGGCUCCAUGGAUAUCCCAUUCUUGAAGGCGCCGGAGGACUGGAGAGAUGCGGACAAGAAUCAAGCAGCGGGCGACCAUUCUGGGAUGCUUAUUGACGACGACGCUCCCAUCGGAUUUGACGAUGACGACUUGGGCCUUGGCAGCUUCGAUAUCGGCGGCGAUGUUGCAUUCGGUGAAGGCGGCGAGGCUUGGGCCCGUGACGCAGCUCUCGCACCGCAAAUGCGCAUAUACGAUGCAGGAAUGGGCGAUGAUAGUGCCGACGGCGACGGCUUCGACGACAAUGGCGAAUACAUGGUGACCAUGGUCAAGCCUGAAAACGCUGAUCAGAUGCACGAGGACAUUCUCGGAUUUUUCGAUCAGGCUUUGCAGAAGAACUGGAGCAGCGCAGAACAUUGGCGAAUCCGUAAGAUCAAGGACGCCAGUAAGCCUGUCGGCGAGGCGAAGAAACGCAAAGAGAAGGAGCCGUUUGAGAUAGACUUUGCCGCACCGCUCGAGUCAACCACGGCGGACAUGAUUCACACCCCGGCUUCCAGCAACGCCGUCAUCAGCAUGCCAAAGAAGGACUGGAAGUCCAAGUCGAGAAAUCUGCUUCCUGAUGACAAACAUUUCAACUCCAAGUCACUUUUAAGUCUCUUCCUAAAGCCAAAGGCGCGAUUGUCUACCCGCCGGAUUGUUGGCGGGUUUGGCCCACGGACAGGUCACAGUCAAGAGCAGAAAGAUGACAGCCAGCAGAUUGAAAUGGACGAGGCUUUCUGGGCCAAGCAAAAGGGACCUGAGGAUACGGUUCUCCCCGAGGGCGACUACGAUGCCAAUUUCUUUCAAGACGACGGCUUGCCCUUCCCAGGUGGCGAUGAUGCCGAUGACGACGAUCUGGAGUUUGCAGAUGCUCGUGAACAUCUGUCACCCGACGGGGAUCCAGGCAUGACGGAAGCUGGGGGUAUCACUGCCAUGCUGGGAGGAGAGACAUUCACAAAUGCGGCGUUUGGCCACACCCUCGUGACGUCAACGAGAAGGAUAAGACCAGAAUAUGUCAACUACGCACGUAAAGCGACAAAGGUCGAUGUGCGGCGGUUGAUGAAGGAAAUAUGGAAAGGCAUGGCCUUUGACCAGAUGGAGGUGAGCGCUCACAUUGACCCUGGCGGAUGGAUGUCGGGGGGGUGGAAAGUCGCGUGUUUCUUGGUUCUGACAAGCCUACAGGCUCCAUCCGGGAAAAGAGCGUCGAUGACAGCUGCCUCGGAACCAGAAGAGACGCCGCCGCCUUGGGCGGACGACGCGACCCUCAACUUCACCGAGGUCAUGAAUGGUUUGAAAUCAGUAUACCCCAAGACUGCCAUGAACGACAUAUCAACUUCGUACUGUUUCAUCUCCCUGCUGCACCUGGCAAACGAAAAGGGCCUCGUGAUUGACAAGUCCGAAAGCCUGGAGGAGCUGAAAAUUCGAAAGGACUGGACAGCAAAGGUAACUGAGGGCGGCGAGUAA